GUAACAGUUCCUCUGCACCUAAGGAACCCAGCCAAAUAGCUGCAGCAGCAGCAGCCCCGGCCCUCUCAUAAGGAAAUAACACAGCUCUCCGGCACGCAGAGAGAGGAAGCUGCUCCGAAACACCCGAGCAGCUGGACCUGACUGAGGAACACAGAGGUUGCGCCUGGGAAUCUGAGGGGCGGCAAUAACACAGUAAAGCUCUGAAAGUGGAACCCAGACCGGCCAGGUGUCAGAAUGACCUACGGUGCCCAGGACUGGCUCCUCGCUCUCUCCGUCAUGCUGCUGUGCCUCACGGACUCAUCUUCCCUCUUCAUGCCCGACUCCAAGGAGCUGAGGGAGCUGCUGAGUCGUUACGAGCAGGAAGCAGACCAGAACGGCUCCAGCAACACACCAGGGAACAGGACCCGGCGAGCCAUCCUGUGGUCCGACCGCGAGGAGAUCCUGGAGCUGCACAACAAGCUGAGGGGCAGCGUUUACCCCUCAGCCUCAAACAUGCAGUACAUGGUUUGGGACGAUGAGUUGGAGCGGUCUGCCACUCACUGGUCCCAGGUGUGUGAGUGGGACCACGGACCUAAGGACCUGCUCAGGUCCAUCGGACAAAACCUGGGCGUUCACUGGGGCAGAUACCGCUCACCUGCCUUCCACAUCCAAGCCUGGUAUGAUGAAGUGAAAGAUUACACCUUUCCCUACCCCCAUGAGUGCAACCCCUGGUGUCCAGAACGCUGCUCUGGGCCCAUGUGCACCCAUUAUACCCAGCUGGUCUGGGCAACCACUACCCGAGUGGGCUGUGCUGUGCAUGUGUGUCCGAAGAUGAACGUGUGGGGAGAAAUAUGGGAGAACGCUGUUUACCUUGUGUGCAACUAUUCACCAAAGGGAAACUGGAUUGGAGAGGCUCCGUACCGGCACGGCCGGCCUUGUUCCCAGUGCCCUCCCAGCUAUGGAGGGGGGUGUAGAAAUAACCUGUGCUACAAAGACUCUCAGCGCUCAGAGACGGAGGACAUGAACGAGGUGGAAAAAGCUCAGGUGCCACUGCCACCUCGGACCACCGCCCGACCAGCCCCCAAACCUCCCAAAAAACCUGCUUCCAAACCUUUCAAUCAAAAGCCCGCCACACCCAGGUCACCAUCUCCAAAGUCUCCCACCAGCAACCAUCUCGCUCACAACAUCAGGUGUGAGACUAGACUGCGAGAUAAGUGUAAAGGAGCAACUUGCAACAGACACAAAUGUCCGGCUAACUGUCUGAAUAAAAAAGGGAACAUUUGGGGCACCGUCUCUUAUGACGUGCAAUCAAGUAUUUGCAGAGCCGCCAUCCACGCUGGGGUCAUCGACAACAACGGAGGGCUGGUCGACGUCACAAGGACAGACAAGUCUCCGUUCUUUGUCAGAUCCACGAAAAAUGGCAUUGAGUCUCUCAGUAAAUAUAAACCUGGUAAUUCCUUUAUUGUGGCCAGAGUGGAAGAAAACGCUGCUGACUGCUACACAACGGUGGCGGAAAUCUGCCCGUUCAAGAAACCGUACUCGCACUGUCCAAGAGUCUUCUGUCCGACCGACUGCAGGAAUCAGCCUUCUUACUGGUCACCUGUAAUUGGAAACAGCAUUUACGCAGAUAGCUCCAGCAUUUGCAAAGCGGCCAUCCAUGCAGGGGUAAUCAAAGCAGACGGCGGUUAUGUUGACGUCCUGCCACUGGAGAGAAGAAAGAGCUACACCGGAGUCCUGAAAAACGGCAUCCAGUCUGAAAGCAAAACCAACACAGAUGGAGGCUCUUUCCGACUUUUUCCUGCGAAGGUGUGAAACCUUUGAAGUCGGAAGGCCGGCAGAUUCACCUCAGAUGGUUUUCUUGAGGAGCAGGAAGUGCCUGCCAGUAGGAUACAGGGGCCAAUUAUCUUUGUGCCUUCAGUGGACUCCCAGAAGAUUGGUAGACACUUCACUCCUUUAGUUAUCAAAGAGUAGUCACCUGUAUAAAUUAUCCAUUGUCACCUGCUCAUCCAAUAUUUUCAUGGAAGUUUAUUAUUCAUCAUCUUUUCAUUGGCAUACAUAAUCUGUGAAUACAUAAUGUUUCUUUUUUAUACACUAUAUGUAUAUAUAUACAUAUAUAUAUACACAGUAUGAUGUAUUGAAGAGCUGGUGCUGGACAUUCUGAGUUAGACAUAAAGUACAAUGUUUACAUUAAUGUUCUUAUUUCAAAUAUAUGUUGGUUUACAUACACAGGAAUGUAUACUGAUCACACUGUAUUUAAUCGUAAUGUACAGAACAUAUAAUAUGUUGUUAAAAAGGAAUUACAAUAUGUCCGCGCGUCUUAUUCAGAUUUUUUUUGUUGCUUUUUCCAAAGCUGUCUUUUGCUCACCUGGGUCACAUUUGCUUUUCUGCUCUUGAACAUUUAGACUGUGAAGCCUCAUCCGAGUCUAAAUACUUUUUUUUACAAGUCACGCGUUGAGCUUAUCGUGUGAGUGGGGACGUUUUGUUGGUUGGCUGGACCAGAAACCAUCAGGCCGGGGACCGUAACGGAGAGGAGACAGCGUGGUGAAUGAAUGUGUACACAGGCAGCAGGCACUGCUGGAGGGAAGUAACACAUCUCCGAAGAUGAUGGUUGUUGCUUUAGUGCCAGACAUGUGGAGGUAAUGAAAGGAAUCGUGGUGCUGAGGGGUUCUCAGAGCGCUGACAGCAUCACCAGUGGCAGAUGUUUGCAGCAAUUUCUUAUUUUGUAUUUAUUAUUGCCUAGUUCUUAAUUAGUUCUCAGUUUCUUCGCUUCUCCUGACCCUGCUUUCUCUAGAAGAAGGAAACAUUGGCCCUGCCCCCACCUGAGACUGUUGAAUGUGUUCCUUUGUUAUUUGAAGGGUCUUUUUACGUUGAAGAAUUAUAUCAUCAAAAUGCUGCUUAUGCACUAUGGAACAAUACAGCGAACACCGGAGACGCCCAUGAUAAUACCACAAUAAUCUCAAUGAAAUUUAUGACAAGAAAAGAAAAGUUAAGCUUGUUUUUCUGGACUGGGGUGUUCAGUUCAGGUCCUAAAGCACAGACACGUUAAAGUAAGACAUCUGUUGCACAACAUCAAAAUUUGUCUUCAGAAAAAUUACUUGCUGCAAAUUUGCGCCUUCAGAUGUCUUUUUACUUCCCAUCUCUUUAUUCUACCUCAAUCCUAUCGCUACGCUAAGCAUUUAGGUCUUUUCUUUCUGGGAUUUCUUUUUUUUAUUGGAAAUUACAAAGGUUUUGUAAAAUGAUGGGAAAUGUAAAUACUAUGAUCUCCAUUUUUGAAUCCAUCAGUAAAGAUAUCAUGUUAACAUGUGAAUUACUUUGUCAUGGCUGUAUUGUUUUUCUCUGUUUUUUGUUUUUUUUAAUACCAGUGUAUGAUCUGUUCUAGACAUUUUGCACAAUUUGAAAAUAAAGUAUUUCUUAUAUAUGGUACUAUAUGAGUUUGUGUGUCAGAUGUCUUUUUACACCCCCCCUCGGCCUUAUGACACAUCACAGUAAAUAAAUAUCCAGAAAUGGGUAGUAGUGUCACAACUAAAUGCUGGCCGUUUGUUUUGUUUUCUUUUUGUUUGCUUUGAUUUGUCUUGUUUUUGACUAUAUUUAUAUAUACAUAUAAUUGAGUAUUAUAUCAUUAUAUUGAAUAGUUAUUAAAGUAGGUUUCGAACAUGUUGGUGGAUCCGCGAGGUCUGACCAAGUGCUGUCUCGCCUUCUCUCUACAAACAUAUGUAUAUAUUUGUACUUUAUUUUUGUACUUUUUUGUAUUCUCUUUUUUUAACAUGCAUGUUCAAAAUAAAAUCUUCUUCUUCUU